AUAAUUGAACCAACGUAACUCGACACUAACGCACUCGACAGUCGUCAUCGGGAACUAACACCAAAGAAAACAUUUGUUUUAAGACUAGCAUCUAGCAUCCAUACACGAAGAAGCCGUCGCCUAAAAUGGCUGGCAAAGUUGGGACAGAAACAGAAGAACAGAAUCGCAUGCGUUUUCAAGUUGAAUUGGAAUUUAUUCAAUGCUUAGCAAACCCGAAUUAUAUACACUUUUUAGCUCAGAGAGGUUAUUUCAAAGAGCCGACAUUUGUAAACUAUUUGAAAUAUUUGUUAUAUUGGAAGGAACCUGAAUAUGCCAGAUAUUUGAAAUAUCCAAUGUGUCUUUAUUUUCUUGAUCUCUUGCAAUAUGAACACUUUCGAAGAGAAGUAGCUAAUGCCGCAUGUUGUAAAUUUAUUGAUGAUCAAGCUAUACUAUUAUGGCUUCAUUAUACCAGACGGAGAACAAAGUUAUCAGCACUGCCGAAUGGUGUUCCCCAAAUAGGUCACUCAGAUCAGAAUGGUCAAACAACUUCCGUCAAUCCCACAACCAAUGGUGUGAGCAAUGGACAGAAAGCACCAUAAAUUGUAUUACGAAUAUCAGAAAUAAUCAUUUUUAUGAAAUCAUUUUAUAUAUUAAAAAUAAAUAUAAUGUACAGACUGUGAUUUGUUGUUAUAUUUAU